AUGACCACUCGCAAGGAAUACGUCUUCAAAGCCAUCAAUGGAAUCCCGGUAGCCGCAGACGUAUACUUCAGGAAGACCACGACUGCUUCGAAGCUUCCAAUAGCAUUACAUUUCCAUGGCGGAAAUUUCACGGUCGGCUCGAAACAAAUGCUCCCGCGAGACCAGUGCGAAAGGCUCUUGGAUCUAGGUUUCGUGGUUGUAUCCGCCAACUAUCGACUGGCUCCCACGGUUACAGUCUUUGAAGGACCGGUCAAAGAUGCACUGGACGCAUACGAAUGGUCGCGGACAAAAUUACCCCAGCUGCUUCUCGAAGAUGCUCAUGUAGAAGCGAAUGGCUCUCGGAUUGUAACACUGGGUCAUUCCUGCGGUGGCACCUUGGCCCUUCUGACAGCCAGUUCGCCCCAACCGCCUCGCGCAAUUCUCGACAUUUACGGGAUCAAGUACCUAGCAGACUCGGCCUUCCAUACCCCCUUACCUGCACCUCCAGGUGCUCCUCAGAUUGAUCAAGAUUUCACGAGCAAGAUUUGGAAAGAUGACCCUCCUCCCACCUCAGCACCCCCUCCGGUGGGACCGAAAGGGCAUGACUUGGCCAACUAUCGUGUUGCCUGGAUGUUUGAUCAGCUCGGAAAGGGAACACAGUUGAAGACGGUUGUAGGAGACGGCGACUAUGAUCGCGUUGACCCCGUUUCGCAGUUCUCCAAGGGUAACUUCCCUCCCACCUUUUUCAUCCACGGCGCCGAAGACAAGCUGGUGCCGGCAAGGCUGUCGCAACAGGCAUAUGACGAACUCAAGAGUCAUGGCGUCGAGACGGAAUUGGUCCUGGUGGAAGGAGGACAGCACGGCUUUGAUGAAAUUGGACAGCCUGAGAAUGCACUUGAACUUUUGGAAAAGGGCUUUGAGUUCCUCAAGGCCCAUGUCUGA